UUUUCCAUCUGUGAUGUCCUUAUUCUCUCCAUUUACAGUGAAGCUAUGGGAGAUGCAGAGAUGUCUGUGUACGGGGCAGCAGCGGAUGGAGGCUUCCACUCGCAUCUUCGACAUAAAAAAGGAAUGUUUCGUCCCUGAUGCGGUAGAAGAGUUUGUAAAGGCUUCCGUCACAAGUCGAGACGGGGGCAGUGUCACUGUGCAGACAGAAAAUGGAAAGACGGUGACCGUCAAAAGCGCCGAGAUUCUGCAACAGAAUCCUCCAAAAUUUGACAAGAUAGAAGACAUGGCGAUGUUGACCUUCCUCCACGAGCCCGCUGUGCUGUUUAACCUCAAAGAGCGUUAUGCGGCAUGGAUGAUCUAUACCUACUCCGGAUUGUUCUGUGUGACUGUCAACCCUUACAAGUGGCUGCCAGUCUACGACCGAGAGGUGGUUGUUGCCUACAGGGGAAAGAAGAGGAGCAAAGAAAUUACUUCUUCUUUUUCAGUUUUUUUUUUUUUUUCAUUAACAGAUAGGUAGCAAUAAUUAGGUCCACAUGUAAUGGACAAAAUUACCUUGCCUAACAUGGCAUUGUCUUAUGUGAUAUUUUUUAUGUUA